AUGCCUUCCGACGACGAACGAACACCCAUCCACCGCAUAGGCCGCAAGUUUUCCCGCAAACGACAGAGCUCCGGUGGGGCAGUCACCCAGAGCAUGCUGCUCCCCAGCCGCCCAAACUUCUCCGAGAGCGAAGACCAAGCGGAUGUGUGCGCGCCCGGCAAAAACGUUCCCGUCAACAUGAACCAGAGCUUUUUCCAGCUGCUUACCGGCGUCACGUCGAACAUGCGGAUGAGCUCGAGGUUCGACGAGGACUCGGACGAGGAUUCCGACGACGACGAUGUGCCGCCCGGAGGUGUUGUUGUGGACAAAGGGAAAGCGAAAGCUACGGAGCGGAAACCGUGGGUGCCGUCGUUCAGCAGACUACAUUCCAUCGAGGAAUCCGGGGGAGCCGCUUCGGAUGUCGAGGCGGGCCAGGACGAUGUUUCAGAAUCCUCGUCGAAACUGGGACCUGCACCGUUCAUGAGCCAGAUGUUGGAAGCUCAGGCGCAGAUGAACACUGCCGAUUUUGGUGCUGCGGCACAACUCUCCGAGGCUGAGAUGUUCGGUAGCGGUAGCGAGAUCCUAUUUAAGGGCGAAAAAUCGUCGGAGCUGGCGAAGAAGUUGAAGGAGAUCUUUGAUCUCCCGCAAUUGGAACAGGUUGUUUCAGAAUACCCAUGUUGGUUACUGAAGAGCGUACUGCUACAGGGCUACAUGUACAUCACGACACAACACAUAUGCUUCUAUGCGUACUUGCCCAAGAAAACCAACGUUGCCACGAAAUCCGGCUAUCUCUCGAAACGUGGCAAGUCGACGGUCAAAUCUACGCGCUAUUGGUUCAUCCUGAAGGGUGAUGUAUUAUCCUACUUUGCCGACCCGUCGGAGCUGUACUUUCCGAACGGACACAUCGACCUUCGGUAUGGCAUACAGGCAACUCUUGCAGACAAUCGGGAUCCCACAGUCUUCACAGUCACUACCGAUCAACGCAAAUACUACCUCAAGGCGGAUUCCGCACCCAGCGCAAAGGAAUGGGUCAAAUGCCUCCAGAAGGUCAUCUUCCGCUCGCACAAUGAAGGCGACAGCGUCAAGAUAUCGAUUCCGGUGGCCAAUGUUAUGGGAGUCGAGGAGAGUCCGGUGUUGGAAUUUGCAGAUACAAUCAAGCUGAGUGUUGUCGACAAUGACGACACGUAUGCAAUGGAUGAAUAUUUCUUUUCAUUCUUUAGUUUCGGCAACGACGCUCUGAAAGUGUUGCAACAAGUUGUUGAAGGUUCCGUUGCGUCGAAGCUACCCGACAGUUUAGUGGAUCGCUCCAUGCUGUCCAUCGCAUCUUCCGAUACAACUUCGGUCCGUAGAGAGGCUGUUCGGGCAACAUUAGCCCCCAUAUCUCCAGCUGGGAGUGCUAGAGCCAGCCCAAGGCACAGUGGCGAAUAUUCUCGGACUAGUUUCGACGGGGUGAGACACAGCACAGAUCUCACUCGGGAGAGUUUAAAGCUUGGAAAUGCCCCCCAGCGGCAUAGCAUAGACUCGAAGAGACAGUCUUCCCACAGAAGGGUCCUCUCGAGCGAGUCGCAGCCAACUGAUUUCUCCUUCGGGGGCGAAUCUUCGGAUGUACGGCUGUCAUUCGACGAGGACGACAGCCCCUCGGCCAGCAAUAUUCUCAGCCGUAGCGAUCUCUUCAAAUCUCCGACCAUGAGUUCCAAGGGCAAGUCAAAGAAGGGGAAGUCACAUAGGAGGGAUACAUCGCCUGAUGCGACAAUACGGGUCCAUCCUCCUUCGAGAAGACACACGGCAGACAGCCGCCACAAAAUGUCACCCAAUGACUCUGACUCUCAGCUUGGUGGCGCCUCGAGCUCAUCCAAGCUUCAAGACAUUGCGAAGACCGGCGUAUAUCCACUGCAACGUGCUGCUGGAUGGGCCGAUUGGAUGAAGCGGCGGUCCAAGAAAAUGACCACCCUCAUUGCCGCCCAGCCGAUGGGAUAUCUCGAAAAAGUGUCGGACAUGUGGACCGGCGGCAAACGGCACUACAAGGAGCCUAUGGGAAUGAUGCCGAACGAGAAGGUGGACGGUAGUGAUGAUGACGGCGAUGAGACGGAUGCUUUGGAGCACGGCGAGCGAUUCCGGACCAGGUUUGCGUUGCCGGAUUCGGAGAGAUUAACAGCGGUCUACUUCGGAUAUCUUCACCGAGUCUUGCCAUUGUAUGGCAAGAUCUAUCUCAGCAACCGCAACUUUUGUUUCCGCAGCAUGGUGCCUGGCAUGAAAACCAAGAUGGUUUUGCCUCUCAAGGACAUCGAGAAUGUUGAUAAGGAGAAGGGGUUCAGAUUUGGAUAUUCCGGUCUCGUCAUCACUAUUAGAGGCCACGAGGAACUCUUCUUCGAGUUUGGUCAGGCGGAUACCAGAGACGAUGCUCAUAUUACUCUGAUGCAAAACAUUGACGAUAUCCGGCACCUCGCCGAGAGCGGUUUCCUAAGCAGGGAAGAGAAGCAAGGUGCCGAGGCCGCAAAGAAGGAACAUCAAAUGCUCCAGGAUGCCCGACAUGAAGAGGGCGGAGGUCAUGAUCUUCGCCUACCGACAGCUACCGACGACAGCUGUAUCGUGGAGGCGCCGCCGAUCGUUUUUGAUGAUCCUUAUGGAUCUAUCCUUAACUUCAAGCCGACAGAGCCAAUGACCAUCACCUGCUUGACCAUUGGUAGCCGUGGAGAUGUGCAGCCCUUUAUUGCCCUUUGUCUGGGAUUGAUGAAAGACGGGCACACUACACGAAUUGCCACUCAUUCCGAGUUUGGACCUUGGAUUGAAAGCUUUGGUAUCCAGUUUGCGCCCGUUGAAGGAGAUCCUGCCGAGCUCAUGCAGCUCUGUGUGGAGUACGGCAUGUUCACGGUCGAGUUUCUCAAAGUAACAACAUCUCGGAUGCGAGGUUGGUUAGACGGUCUCCUGGAAUCCUCAUGGCAUGCAUGUCAAGGAUCGGAUCUCCUGAUUGAGAGUCCUAGCGCCAUGGGAGGAAUCCAUAUCGCCGAGGCUCUCGGGAUUCCAUACUUCCGCGCGUUCACCAUGCCUUGGACAAGGACCCGUGCCUAUCCCCACGCCUUCGCGGUGCCGGAACACAAGAUGGGCGGCGCCUAUAAUUACUUCACUUAUGUUAUCAUCGAUAACGUGUUUUGGAAGUCAACAGCCGGCCAGAUCAACAGAUGGAGAAAGCGGCUGCUUAAUCUCCCGCGCACGAGUCUAGACAAGCUCCAGAUCAACAAAGUUCCCUUCCUGUACAACUUCAGCCCAUCGGUCGUUAUCCCCCCGCUAGACUACAGCGACUGGAUCCGUGUGACAGGAUACUGGUUCUUGGAUCAGCCAACGGAUUGGAAGCCGCCAAGCGAAUUGCUGGCAUUCAUCGAGAAGGCGCGGAAUGAUGGCAAGAAGCUUGUAUAUGUCGGAUUCGGCUCAGUUACUGUUGGCGAUCCGGAGGCGCUCACGAAAACAGUAGUGGAUUCAGUGCUCAAGGCGGAUGUUCGAUGCAUUCUGUCCAAGGGCUGGUCCGACAGGCUCAGCAAGGCGGGCUCCACUAAUCCGGAAGUCCCAUUGCCUGCCGAGAUCCACCAGAUCAACUCGUGCCCACACGAUUGGCUAUUCAGGCAGAUCGAUGCUGCGUGCCACCACGGCGGUGCGGGAACGACAGGCGCAAGUCUCAGAGCUGGCAUUCCGACAAUCAUCAAGCCAUUCUUUGGUGACCAGUUCUUCUUUGGCAAUCGCGUGGAAGACCUCGGCGUGGGCGUGUGCAUCAAGAAGAUGAACACCAGUGUCUUUACGAAAGCACUUUUGGAGGCUACGCAUAAUGAGAAGAUGAUUGUGAAAGCGGAGGUGUUGGGCGAGCAGAUCAGAAGCGAGAACGGUGUCGAAACCGCGGUGCAAGCUAUCUAUCGCGACCUCGAAUACGCACGCACUUUGAUCAAGACGCCGCACGUUGGCGAAGUGACGGAGGAAUCCGAGGAGUCGUGGACUUUCGUGGGUGACGAGAGUGACGCAGAACAUCUGAAGAAGGUGACUGGGAAGUAG